AUGGAGCGUUCUUCUUUGAUGAGCUUGGUUUCCUUUUGCUGUUGGUUUUUAUGGAAAGCUCGAAAUAGGUUGGUUUUUGAAAGUGCUCUCUGGCAUCCUUCAUUUGUGGCCUCCAAGGCGGUUCAAAGUUUCUGGGAGUUUUUUAACAUACAGAAGUGUUGUUUGAAUGUGCAUUUGACUCCUAAACCUUCGGUUUCCCCUCUUUCUUGGUCUCCUCCCCCUUUCGGCAAAAUCAAGUGCAAUGUUGAUGCAUCUUUUUUCCAUUCAACUGGCUUUGGGGGAGGGGGAGCUACUUUCCAAAAUUCAGAUGGCUUGGUUCUUAAAGCAGUUGUUUUUAAACAGUUUUUGGUUUCAUCUCCAUUGGUGGCUGAAGCUUUGGCUUUUAGACUUGCUGUCAUGUGGGCUCGGGCUUUUGAUUUUCAGCACGUUUGGUUUGAAAGUGAUGCUCAAACUCUUGUGGAAGCUUUGCCUGUCGGUAAUCGAGCAGCCCAUGCUCUUGUAUCACUCUCUUCUUCGUGCUUGUAUGCUGAUUCUGUUAUCUCCCAUCUUCCUGCGGAGGUGCUUCAGUUGGUGGAGUUGGACUACCGUCCUAAUUUCUGUUAG